UUUAGAAAGUCUGAGAUUAUUCCAGUUCAAAGGGAACAAGUUCGGCUUUUCACAGAGAGAAGUCGGGGCCUGCGGUCGGCCAGUGGCUUGGGGCUCUGGGCGUCCCAGCUGUGCGCCCCUGGGCUCCGCACCCCCGCCUCGAGUGGGAGGCGUCGCGGCCGGGCUCCGCGCUCCCGGCAAGCCCCGCCCCGGCCCGCUCGCGGCGCCGCGCAGUCAUGCCCCGCGCAGCGCUGUCCACGCUCCUGCUGCUGAGCCUCGGCGCCGCCGCCGUCGCGGACUGUCCUUCAUCCACCUGGGUUCAGUUCCAAGGCAGCUGUUACACUUUUCUUCAGAUAAGCAUCAGCGUGGAGAACAUUGAGGAUGUCAGAAACCAGUGCAUUGGCCAUGGAGCAGACAUGAUAAGUAUACACAAUGAGGAAGAAAAUGCUUUCAUAUUGGACACUUUACAAAAGCAAUGGAAAGGUCCAGAUGAUCUCCUGCUAGGCAUGUUUUACGAUACUGAUGAUUCAAGUUUCAAGUGGUUUGAUAAUUCAAACAUGACAUUUGACAAGUGGGCAGAUGAAGAUGUUGAGGACCUAGUUGACACUUGCGGUUUUCUGUACACCAAGACAGGUGAAUGGAGAAAAGGAAAUUGUGAAAUUUCUUCCGUGGCGGGAACACUCUGCAAAGUAGCGAUCCCAUAUGACAAGAAAUACUUAUCAGAUAACCACAUUUUAAUAACAACUCUGGUGAUUGCUAGCACAGUAACUCUGACAGUUUUGGGAGCAAUCAUUUGGUUCCUCUAUAAAAGAAAUGCUUGCUCGGGCCUCAUCCUGUUUCCAGCCUCACCACAAUCACCUUACAGUGACGGCUGUGCUUUGGUAGUUGCAGAUGAUGAUGAAUAUGCUUUUCAGCUGGACUAAGAUUUUGGUAAUAUCAGACCAGCAUAGCAAAUACACUGACAAUGAUUUCCUAGACAAGAUCUUCAUAUAAAAGUUGCCACAGAAAACGGAAGCAUUUAUGAUUCCUUAUUCUUAUAACAAUAUUUUCAUAUGCUGUCUGUGACAAAACAUUAACAUUUUGGAUCAUUAAAAAAAAAAAAAAAAACUACCACCACCACCUAGGUUUUAGAAAAGGAACAACCACAGAUCUAACUCUGACGAUUUUCAUUUGAGUACAUAAAAGCUCCAAGUACAAUAAAGCUAAUAAAACACA